AUGCCCAGAUUGGAGCACAAUCUCCAGGGUCUGUCAGAUCAUGUCCUGAUCUGCACAGAUCUUGACAUCGGUCCUGAACAGCCUGGAUCUGGGCGACAGACAAUUAAACCCAGAAGUGAGGCUGAGAAGUCUUUCAUUUCGGAUAUUCUCUGGGAUCUCGCAGCUAUUCCUGUCGCAGCUCCAGCAACCAAGGAAGGCGUUGAAGCAUUGGCUGAUGCUAUCGCAACAGUGUUCUUGGAUUUCAAGAAGGCGUGUAAGGAUGCCAAACGUGAUUUCUUCGAUGAACGCAUCGCAGAAAUCGCCACUUCUCGCAAACACCCAUGGGACCUAAUGGAAUGGGUCAAACAGCAUAAGCUACCAUCUUGUGAGGCUAUGUGCAAUGGCGACCAGCCUUGUCAUGAUAUGGAUGACCUGUGGGAUGCCCUCCACAGCACAUACAACUCAGCCUCUGGCCGUGAGUAUGAUGCCUCAGUCUUAGAAGAACUUCCCAAUGAGCCGGUCUGUGAGUGGGCUGACUUCUUGGAGCAUGAGUUGUUGAGUGCCCUCAAGGGGUGCUCCAACUCCUCUGCUCCAGGACCAGACCAUGUUACAUGGGUCCACCUAAAGGAGCUGCUCAAGGACAAACACGUCCUUGUGCUCUUCAUUGUGUUGGCCAAUGCUUGCCUUAGGGUGGGGCACUGGCCACGUAUAUUCAAGGAGUGGCUCAAGCCAGAGAUGUGCCUGCCCAAAACCAGACGCAGAGAGUUAGCGGUGCUGCGAUCAACCAAAAAGGUCAACUGCCUGCAUGAAAGAGCUGUCACGGGUGCAGGUCUCCAAACCCUAAGGUUCGAGGGUGUCAAUUCACCAUAA